AUGCGGCGCAGCCCGACGUCCAGCGAGGACGAGAUGGCCCAGAGCUUCUCCGAUUAUUCCAUGGGGUCAGAGUCGGACAGCUCCAAAGAAGAGACCAUCUACGACACGAUCCGGGCCACCGCGGAGAAGCCGGGUGGCGCCAGGACGGAGGAGAGCCAGGGCAACACGCUGGUCAUCCGCAUCGUCAUCCAGGACCUGCAGCAGACGAAAUGCCUCCGCUUCAACCCGGACGCCACGGUGUGGGUGGCCAAGCAGCAGAUCCUGUGCUCACUCAACCAGAGCCUGAAGGACGUCCUCAACUACGGGCUGUUCCAGCCGGCCAGCAACGGGCGCGACGGCAAGUUCCUGGACGAGGAGCGGCUGCUGCGGGAGUACCCGCAGCCCACGGGCAAGGGCGUGCCCUCCCUGGAGUUUCGAUACAAGAAGCGGGUGUAUAAGCAGUCGAACCUUGAUGAGAAGCAACUGGCCAAGCUCCACACCAAGACCAAUCUGAAGAAAUGCAUGGACCACACCCAGCACCGCUCAGUGGAGAAGAUCGUCAAGAUGCUGGACCGAGGCCUGGACCCCAACUUCCACGACCUGGAGACCGGAGAGACGCCCCUGACCUUGGCUGCGCAGCUGGACGACUCCGCGGAGGUCAUCAAGGUGCUCAGAAAUGGCGGGGCACACCUGGACUUCCGCGCCAAGGACGGCAUGACCGCCCUGCACAAGGCCGCCCGGACGAGGAACCAGGUGGCCCUGAAGACGCUUUUGGAGCUUGGAGCCUCCCCGGAUUACAAGGACAGCUACGGCCUCACGCCCCUGUACCACACGGCCAUCGUGGGCGGGGACCCCUACUGCUGCGAGCUGCUCCUGCACGAACAUGCCUCCGUGUGCUGCCAGGACGAGAACGGCUGGCAUGAGAUCCACCAGGCCUGCAGGUACGGACACGUCCAGCAUUUGGAGCACCUGCUGUUCUACGGGGCGGACAUGGGCGCCCAGAACGCCUCGGGGAACACAGCCCUGCAUAUCUGCGCCCUCUACAACCAGGACAGCUGUGCCCGAGUGCUGCUGUUUCGAGGCGGGAACAAGGAAUUAAAGAACUACAACAGCCAGACUCCCUUUCAGGUGGCGAUCAUAGCAGGCAACUUUGAGCUGGCGGAAUACAUUAAGAACCACAAGGAGACCGACAUCGUACCUCUCAUGCCAACCAGGAGGCCGGCCUCCGGGGGCCGCCCUGUCUCCCACCGCCCCGCCAUCGGCUGGGCGCAGUCACGCACCGUGGAUGAGUCCGCCAGCCUGGUCCCUCCAGCCCCGGGCUUGCACAGAACCUGCAGCGGGGAGCAGUUCGGGUGGACCGGCAGCG